AUGAUGGAAUUUGGGUGCACUUCGGAUCGAGAAACCUUUGGUGUUUUGCGUCACCGUUCGUUCACGGGUUUACCAGCAACCACUCAAUUGCCAGAACGAGAUCCUUACGAGUACCGUGAAAUCCUACGUGAUGGCGCGAAGCUAGCAGCUUACGUGACCCAAGGAUGCAUCUCUUACGAUGUACCAUGUCUUCCAUUCGUCUAG